AUGGCCAGCAACCAGCAGAGCCAGCGUCAUGCACAGCACUAUGCACAUCAGCAUAUGCAGCAGGCUUCCCGGCACAGGGAAAACAGAGACAGAGGUGUGGAUCCAUCCAUACCAACAUCGGAAUCCGAUACCGACCAACCUUCGGUAUACAUGUCAGACGUACGAAAGAUGGCGCCAGCCGACAAGGCGAUGGAGUCGUUGACGACGUACCAUGUUACCAAACUCGUCAAGAAGCCCCUUACCAUGAUUGAGCGCAGCCUUAAUGUGGCAAAGCCAUGGGAGAAGGCCGAUAUCGUCAGAAGAGACAGUCUCUCUCAGGAUGAAAUCUUGGAGCGCCUAGACGAGGCCAGCAGAAAGAAUACCAAAGAUAUACGGGCUCGAAUAGCCAAGUAUCCAGAGGCGUUGCGGGUUCAGGUUGACAAAGCGACCAAGAAUCGCGAAAAGAGUGAGAGGGACUGUCGCUUUGUUUGGGAGCUGGUUCAGACUGACGACGAGCUGGUGCCGCUCCCACCCAAUACAGAGGCCUCGGACCACGAAAACCCGGAUGUCAAAUACAAGGGGUCAUCGCGGAGACAUGAAGCCAAGCGCAAAGAAAUGACAAACUCUGCAGUGUGGAGCGAUUCAUCUUCAGCAACCGGCAAGAGACGUUCGGAUAGGGUGGCCGUGACUCUUUAUUUCAAGCGAUCUCCAGCACCUGGACAGAACCCAGUGGCAUUGUACAAGCAGCUGAGAAAGCGUGUUCAUGAAGCACCUCCGAGACGUGACACCCCGCCAAAGACUGUCCCUGUUCCACAGAACGAGGCACCAGCAUACGAGCCUGUCCCAGUCGCAGACGAAUACACGCCCCCAGUGCAUCACGGUACACGGCCUCCGCCACCUGUGCCUCACAACACAAGGCCCGCGCCAGUACCGCAACCAAAUCCUCGCCCAGUUGGUGUAUCAUUUGGGAGCCAACAGCUACCAAAGGUGUCUGGCUCGCAACAGGAUCCUCGACUCAAACAGGCGGCUCCGUCUGUCCCGCCUUACACAGAUCCGAGAGCGCACCAACCUACGCAAGCUUAUCAACCUACUUCAAUACACAGUGACUGGACAGCACAAGCUGCGCAGUAUGCCCAGGCUUCUCGGCCCAUCCCUCCUCACACAGAGCCGAGAGCGCAACCUAGGCAAGCUUACCAGCCUGCUUCACUACACAGUGACUCGACAGCACAAGAUACGCAGUAUGCCCAGGCUUCUCAAUCUGGUCCGCUUCAUACAGAGCCGAGAGUGCAACCUACGCAGACUGCUCAGACCGCUCAGUAUGAUCCAGUUCACGGGGAGCCGAGCGGCGGUCCUACUCAGUCUGGUCAGCGUGCUCAUCAUCGCAGUGAGCCGAAGCCCAAAGCGCAGCAUCCGCGGUCUUCUCAGCCUCCUCCCAUGUACACAGAUCCGAGAGCCCGGCCCGCAGAGGUUCCUCCGCCAUCUCAGUCCCACGCGGCGAAAGUGCAACUCCCACAGGCCGCUCAACUCCAUCACAAUAUGAAACCGAGGCAUCGGUCGGAACAGAUCUAUGAGCAGACGCAGCAGUCUCGACAGCAAGCUGUGCCUCAGCGUACCCCAAAUGUGCCGUCGCGCCCGGCUGUUCAUACAGCCGAGCCAGCACAUACCCAAAGUCGCGGUGCAAGCUUAAAUGGGAAUCCUGCAAGUAUUCUCCAUCUCUGGAACCAAGCUGCUGGGGAACGCCGAGCCCGCAGGCAGAGUCCUCGUCGCACUCACAAGGUGCCAGAAUCCGGAGAGUCGACUGCAUCUCACUAUGAUGAUGAAGAGGAGAUAUUUAGCGACUCAGGCGCGUCGAUGGAGUCUGCGUCGCAGUACACUUUUGUGACGGCCAGCCCAAAGCCGGUCCCUGCAAGACCCAGAAGUGACUCUACUGCUCGGGUGAGGCCGAUGAAUGGGACUUCUUCGGCGGGUACAACACGGACCGUGAGAGACCGUUGGGGGGGCAGCCCAGGUGAUGCCCGGCUGCCAGAUUCCAAACUCAACCCCAAUGGACCAGGCCGUCCCCAUGCUCGGGCGCCCCAAGCAGAUACGAGGGCUUCGCGAGGUACUGAAAAAGCUGCGGAAAUGCAUUCAACGUAUUCGGACAUGGAAACGCUCGAUCCGCAGUCCUGGGGCAACGUACACUCCAGAGGUGACGACUGGCGGUCCGCACAAGCGCAAGGAAGCCCUGAAAUCGCGACUGAUCAUUGGGAAGACCUCAUUUACUCCGACUCGGAUGAAGCAGACGAGCCAAGGGGGGCAAGCCGGCAGUUUAGCUGGCAACGCGAGCCUCGAGAUCGAAAUGGUGGACGAGAGUCCGCUGGCAGUGGCGGGGGUGGGCGGCGGUCGAUGCCCCGUGGACCCGCGCCACGUGGGAACCGAUAA